AUGGCACGCCAACGAGCUGCCCGAUUGUGGGCAUGUCUCGCCCUAGUGGCCUCGCUUUGCGGAAACGCAUUGGCCGUGGGCCCGUCCCAUGAUGUUGCCUACUGCGCUGCCGUUAACACGGCUGACCCUGACAUGGACGCGAACGAGAGCGACUUCCAGUCCAUGGGUCUCUGCUACCAAACCUGUGCUGGUGCCGAGGAGCAGUAUGCCUUUGCUGUGGUUUGGCAAAAGAGUUGUUGGUGUACCAACACCGUACCCAACUCAGCCGAUACCGUAUCGGCCAAACAAUGUUCAAAUUCUUGCCCCGGAUAUCCUACAGAUUGGUGUGGAGGUGACUCCCUCUUCGGAUAUCUCAAAAUUACGGGCGUCAAGCCGUCCAGCACGGCCGCGCCAGCAUCAACCAGCACCACCCAGCAAGUCACCAAGGCGACGAGCAAACCCGCGACUAAGUCUACGACUACAGCUGUGAUCAUCAAGACUGAGACUGAGCAGACCACUGCGAUCAAGACUGUGCAGAGCACGGUUCGAGAAACAGUGACUGUGAUUCCCUCGGUGAAGUCUUCGGUGACUACUUCCUCAACCGGUGUUUCUUCUUCCACCACUUCUUCUUCCACCACUUCUUCUUCCACCACUUCUUCCACCACUCUCGUCACUUCUGCGACACAAGCUACCGAUGACCCCGUUACAACAGAUCCGACGCAGCCAAGCACCCAAACCGUCACUGUCGGCGGAACAGUAAAAACCGUGGUCGUCACACCAGCCCCAACUGCCACCAGCGGAGGUCAACUUGCCGAACCGGAACCCAAUGAAAAGAAGAAGGCAAUCAGCACAGGAGCCGCCGUGGGAAUCGCCAUCGGUGUCGUCGCAGCUCUCGGAAUUAUCGGCGUUUUGCUCUGGAUUUGGUGCAUGAGGCGCAGGAGGCAGAAGGAAGAGAACGGUUCCUCAUUCGGCUCGCCACGCGGAAGCUCUUCGGGAGUGAUGAAGGGCGCCACAGUCACCGAAACUCGCUUUGGGCCCGAUGUAAUAGCAUGGGGGGAUGGCCCUGGAUCCAAGAGGAGGAGCACCUUGAGGCCAGUCGACCCACGCUUGAACCCGUACGGCAACGCUCUGUUCGAAGGCCAAAACAAGAGCCGCGAAAGUAUCGCAUCAUUCCAGGACAACCAGGACUACUCAAGACGAGUUGUCGGCCAGCCGCGGGUACUGAGGGCCGUAAACCCGGAUCCAGUCAUGGACGAAUGA